AUGGCUUCCAGUGGUGGCCCUAUCUCCCAGCAGGCUAUUCCACGUCUUCGUGUAACUACAGGCUGGGCCCGGCAUGUCAAGUGCGACGAACGCAAGCCCGUCUGCGGCAAUUGCACCAAGAAGAACAGACCGUGCAUGUAUGAAGCCAGCAGGCCGCCGUCUGAUCGAAACCAUCGCCGCCCUAGUUUUGACACCAAAGUCGACGAUCACACUCGAGGCAAGCAGCCCAGGGGGCCGAGUACUAUUACUACUAGUACCACUACUGGUACCAACACCGCGGUCAACUCCAAAACGACGUCCCCGUUCCUGGAGGCCCUGACCAGUGACAAGAACCAGCUCGUUGACACCCCUGCGUCGUUUGGGCCUGUUCUGGCCCAGUAUCUCAAUGACCAGUCGUCCUCGUGCGACGUGUUCCGCGUGCCUGGUCACAGCUUUGACAAAGACCACCUUCACCAGCACGACGGAGAUGAGCCGGGACAAGAAGUCACGGACCCAACAAGUCCAGCCUACUCAAAGGCCGGCAGCAGCACCCAACCCGGGCUGUUCUCAGGCAGAGCGUCGCCUCAACAUUCACCUCAGGCUGCUACGCGUUUGCACACCUCAGACUCGGUCCGCCCAAAUGGACACCUCGCCAGCAUCCUUGGGUCUCCGAGCGGAUUCUUUUCAAGAUAUGAUGAUGGGCUGGAUGGUCGUAGACAGGACAUUAUCUCAGCCAGCUACUCCACCAGAAAUUCAUUCAAGAACUCGCCGCCCCGCGUGGAGCUAGGAUCGAACAGCCCGCUAUAUUUGACCCCGCUGGAGUUAUUCAUCCUCCGAAACUUCGUGGAGCGAGUUGCACGAUGGAUCGAAGCAUUUUCUGAGGAAAAUCCCUAUUCCACCACGGUGCCUAUAUUGGCACUCGAGUGUCCGGCAGUUUUAUUCUCGUGUCUUGCCAUUUCGGCGAAGCAGUUGGCCUUGACGAGGACGGGGGCCGAGCCACAGAUCACAGAGGACGUCGCGGUCGAAUAUUACCAGAAAGCGCUGAAGGCGUUCAGUACGCUCUUAAUGGAGCCCGACUCGGCACACAGCGAUAAAAUCCUGGCGUCCAGCAUCAUGCUCUCAAGCUAUGAAAUGCUGGACGUGGUCGGAGAAAAUUUUGGCUCGCACCUCCGAGGCAUUGCCUCCCUCCUGCAGCUGUGGCAAGUCAACGGAGAUUCAUCCGGCAUCAAAGGCGUUGUCUACUGGACAUGGUAUCGAUCAGACACAUGGGCCGCUUUGCACGCCGGGCGGCGCAUGUUCUUGGACGAACACUACUGGGAGCCUCGUGCGGUGGACUCUUUCGACGACUUGUCCCACGAGGAGAUCGCCAACCGCGCCAUGUUCCUGCUCGGACAGUGCAUCAGCUUAUGCAAUGACCAACAGGACCGAGAGAGUGCGGAGACGGCGGCAGAGGAGCUGAACAAACAACAAAGAAUGAGGGACAAGCUUCGAAAUGACAUCGAGCAGUGGAAACGGAUGCUUCCCCCGUCAAUGACACGAUUCUUUGUGAGCCAGCCGCCGCCGCCGCCUCAGGAAGAGCAUCAGCAGCAAGAGGAAAGCACAUCGUAUCAGCACUCGCGGAACAUAUCAUCCAUAUGGUACGUGUUUCCGCACUGCGCAGCGGUCGGAAUCCAAAUGUACCACGCAUGUCAAAUAUUACUCGCGCUCAGCGGCCUCCCAUCUUCAUCCCUGCGACAGGGGCGGGGAAUCUUUACGUCGACCGCCGAGUCGCUGUCGGUGCGACGGCUGAUCAAUCGGUCGCGUGAACAGAUCCUGCUCAUCGCCAGCUCGGGCAUGACCGACCCUUUCAGCUUCAUCUCCACGCAGUGUUUGUACAUUGCGGGGCUGGUUACCGAGGGCGUCCAGGAGCGGCGGCGCACGCUCGAGCUGAUCGAGGAGUGUCAGAGACAGUCGGGUCGGCGCACGGUGUGCAUUGCCGACGAGCUUCGGACGGCGUGGGCGGAGGAGUGGUAG